UCCGCCGAUCGGUCCAGCUCCAGCUCCGCCGAUUCAAACUCAAAAAAGAUAUAAUAUUAGACGGUUUUUGGACAGUUUAAGGGACGCGUAGCACCGAUGGAAGAGUCUGCAGCUCCCAGGAGGCCCCACGCGGCCGCAGGUGCCGAGGCAGGUGCCGAGGGGGGGGAGGGUGUGUCUGUUCCUCCCCUUCCCGAGUUUGAGGCUUCUGGAGCCUCUGCGGUGGUUAGUUCAGCCUCUGUGCAAGAGGCAUCGGGCCUGCCACCCUUUCUUGUGGUUCCUGUGCUUGAAAACCGACGCACGGCGGGUCCGCGGCUGGCUCCCGCCGAAGGGGGCGGAGCCAGGUCUCGUUCUGAGCGCAACAGCGGCAACUGGACAAAGCAAAUCCUCUGCAGGUAUUAUCUGCAUGGGCAGUGCAAGGAGGGCGAUAACUGUCGCUAUUCUCAUGACUUCUCUGGGCGGCGGAAAGCUAGGGGGGGGCAAGAUUCUCAGCCUCGGGCCUCUGCAGAUAGAGGGCCCAAGAUGGCCACUGAGUGGGAGCCCCCGACUCAGGAAGUGGCGGAAGCCCCCCCUACUGCAUCCUCCAGCUCUUUGCCUCUCAUUGGCUCAGCUGCUGAAAGGGGCUUCCCUGAAGCUGAGAUUGACAGUGCAGGCAUUGGCUCAGCUGCUGAAGGGGGCUUCUCUGAAGCAGAGAUUGACGAUGCAGGCCUAGCAGCAGCUGCUACGGGAGGAGCGGGUGCGGAAGGCUGGGAGGGGGCAAUUGAGUUUGUUCCUGGACAGCCCUACCGAGGUCGCAUGAUCCCCCCGCAUGGUCCCGAGGCUCCUCUGCCGAGCCAGGCAAUUGAGAGAGAGCACAUGGCUAUGAGGAGCCCGCCAAUUGACAGAGAGCACAUGGCUAUGAGGAGCCCGCCAAUUGACAGAGAGCACAUGGUUAUGGGCAUGGGGAUGCUUCUGCCGCUUUGCCGCUUUGCUGCCCGGGGAGAAUGCCUCCGUGGGGAGCGCUGUGCAUACCCCCAUGGAGAAAUAUGCGACAUGUGCGGGCAGCAGGCCUUGCACCCUUGGGAUGCGGCCCAGCAGGAAAUGCAUAGAAGGGCCUGCAUUGAAGCCCAUGAGAGAGAUAUGGAGCUCUCCUUUGCUGUGCAGCGCAGCAUGGACAAAGUGUGUGGCAUCUGCAUGGAGGUUGUCUAUGAGAAAGCCGACCCCAGGGACCGCCGCUUUGGCAUCCUUUUCAGCUGCAACCACACCUUCUGUCUUAGGUGUAUCCGCAGGUGGAGAAGUGCCACACAGUUUGAGAACAGGAUCAGUAAGUCCUGCCCACAGUGCAGGGUCUCCUCUGGCUUUGUCAUUCCUAGUGAGUUCUGGGUGGAAGAGGAAGAGGAGAAGGAGAAACUUGUUCGGCAAUAUAAGGAGGGAAUGAGCCACAAAGCCUGCAGAUAUUUUGCUGGAGGCCUAGGUCACUGCCCAUUUGGAGAAUUCUGUUUUUACAAGCAUGAAUAUCCCGAGGGCUGGUUUGAUCAUUUUCCGAGGCCAGAUGGUGGUGGAUCGUCAAACGCAUACUGGCAUCAAGUUUUGAAGCCCGUGCAAUUGCGAGAGGGAAACGUGCUGUUUAAAAGCCGUAAAAAGGAGCUUUCUGUGCUUCGCCUUGCCAAUCAGUUGCUUAAGAAGUUGCUUUGCCUGAGAGGCAGUUUUUCCUUCACUGAUGACCGCUGGCUCUUUCUUCAGUACCAGCUGGAAGAAUAUUUCAAUUUGAAUCUGUAGUAUCAUGCUGUGGCAUGUGGUCUAGUCUGCUAAGGCUCUGUUGUCUGCUGUUGCUUAUUUCCCUGUACUGAAUGACAAACCUAUUGCUUUCAAAGGCUGUUGCGGCAAUCUUUAUGCAGUAUUGCUGUUUUCUUCUCUAUUUCCUAUUUCUUCUCACUAGGAUUGUGAUGUUUCUCUGUGUUGCAAAAUAACAAGAAAUCUUAAAAGUAUUGUUUGGUGGAAUUAAUAUUUCUGUCAGCUGAUGACUUGUGGUGUUUUUCCAACAGGAUUCAAUCACUUCUAGUCUAGUGUUUACAGUUUCUCAUUGUGAAGUCCCUUAAGAGUAAAUGUGACAAGGUGACAAAAGUCUUUAACUGAAUUAUGAGCUUUUGCUAUAUAGCCUUAAAAAAAAAAAAGGACCCUUACAGGGCCUUGCAGCUGCUGUCUGUGUUUGUUUACAUGUCUGUUUCUUCCCUUCUCUUUCAAGUGCACUUGUUAACUUGUGGUUGCUUUGUGGUUCUGUUUUACUUGACCAAAAUGAGGUGCAUAUGUUUACAUGUUUUUAUCCUGUUUGGCUUGAUGUGAAAUUAUUUAUAUUUGGAAAUAUAUAUUUAAGAGUGAUAUAUAUGCGUAUAUGUAUACAAAGAUGUACUUGAAAACGUUGGAAACAAAUACCCACCAUAAUAUAUAUGUUUGAAGUAAUGAAAUAAAUGCAGAACUGAAAGCCUAAUGUUAAAGUCUAGAUGUAUGGACUGUGUGUGAAUUGUGUGGAUAAUUUCUCUGCCCCUGCACUGAUGUCAGUGAUUAGCAUCUAAUAAAAAUGACUGCUAUGUGUAUUGGACUCUUUUUAAAGGACUUAUAAAACAUGACUUUGAUAAUUCCUAU